AUGAUAUUUGGAUAUUUGGCUAUUCUACAAAUAUAUAUGUAUCAUUGCAGUAGUGCAGUGAUUGCAGGACCCUUUGAGGCACCUUCAAAUCCACUACAUUUAGACAAUGACCUGGGGCAUUUUGGUGUUGAAGAUGUGGAAGGCAUGAACACACAAAAUCCCACCAAUCACAGACAUAUUCAAGACCUCAGGCCACAUGUCCUAAAGAUUUCUGAAAGCUCAGUAGGAGGUAAAUCUGACAAACAACAAUAUGACACUGUAUAUGAAGAUAUAAACAAAAUGGAGAAGAAGAAGUAUAACCCAACCCCUAUAGAUUGGCAAACCAGUAAGAAAAGACAAGGGAUAUACCAAAACAAUUGUUCAACCUCAGGACCAGGAUCUGGGUCCAGUAGUAGUACUCAAACUGAUUCAAAAAUCCAAGAAAUCACCCUAUUUGGAAAUAUUAUUCAAGCUGAAUCAAAUUACAUGUUAGACAUCAGGAAGUUCUCUACCCAUAGGAUGAACAGGCUCUGUGUUUAUUUAUCUAGGUACCUUGUCAAACAAUUUACCUCUACAGUAAAAGAAAGAGUUCAUAAGUCACUAAGUUGGCAAGGCAUAUUGAAGGCAUAUCAACAAUUCAAAGAUCCCAUCUUUGCCCCAUUUGUGUACUUUAUCAUGUUACGGGGGCUCACAAAGGAUUUAUGGUACCGUGUUCAGAUACUAUCCUCUUUCAUUCUUGCUGAGUUUUAUAAAUUGGAAUCAAAAGAUGGAGAUUUGAUUGAACCUCAAAAGAUAUAUCAAUUCAUGCUUUGGCAUACAGAGAUGAUAUAUUGCCUCACCAAUCCAAAAUUACUUGAACAUAUAAAAGAGAAAGAAACAAUAUCUUCAAAAGAUUCAAAGGAGGAGAUGCAUAGGGGAACCUCACCCCUUUCCAAAAUUUUGUCUGCUCUUGCAAGUGAGAUGCGGUUUUGGAGACUUUGUGAAAAACCAACAAGAGCAUCAGAAUGGGCAGCUCUUUACCUCAAGAAUUAUUGGAGAAAGGACUGUAGCAGCAGAUAUCCAGGACUACCAGAAUCAAACACUCCUCCAAUAUCAAAUGCAGAGGAUUGGGAAAGAAUAUCUAUGAUCAUCAUGAAUUCUCAUACAUUGAGCAAACAAAGUGAAUUUAAUUUAUUGCUAGAUGAACUGACCUAUAAUGAGCCCAUAAUGGGACCCAACUCCUUGUUUUUUUCUAUUAAUGUUAGUGAAGAUGAUAUUGAUUUCAAUCAAGAUAUGAAAGAGAUUACAACACAACUGGAUAUGUUGAAACUAAGACAAGACUUACAAGAUAUACAAGAAUCAAACAUUUAUCAAGGCCUGGGAGUAUGGAUGGACUUGCAUGCAAAAGGAGAUUUGAGGUUUUCUGAUCCUUUUUGUGUAACUGCUAUCUACAAUUUCUUAGAAUCGAGGAGCCCAGGGAUUGAUUUGAAUGUGUUCUGGAAGAAUAUGCAAGCACAUGAAAAAAGAAGAAAGUAUUACUGUGCAAAGUCCUUGAGGAAUUACCGCUCAUCAAAAAAGCAGAACCCCUAUAUGGACAAGAAAUCAAAACCAGCUUGA